CAGGAACUAUAUUACAUAGAUGCGACAUACUGAUGUGCAUUGUAUGCGAUUAGUUGGAGGUCAUUCAGCGGCGGCAUCAGGUGGAAAACCUGGAAAAGGAUCAAGAAGAAAAAGAUGCGACAUAUGAGAUGGUCAUGCACGACGUUGAAAGGUUGGAAUUAGAGCGAGAGCGACACGCAACGGCAUAUAGCCAGGCAAAUGAAAUGCCACCGAAGAUUAUCAAACAAUCGGAAGUGCUGCGCGACGCCACAAACUCCCUCGUUACCGAGAACAGUAAACAAAGCGGCCUUUCCCAGCAGUUUGAAAAGGAACUCGAAAAGCUUGCCAGGAGACGAAAGGAUCUCGAGCAACAAAAGCUGGAUCAAGCGGCAGAGUAUGAGCAGCGAAGGAGGGAAAUACACGAUAUCGAGCGGCAGUGCGAUGAGAUCUUCAAACAGCAUGAGAUAUCGAAGGAGCAGCUGGGGAUUCAUAAGGCGGAGAAAGUGAGACUGGACUUGGCGUUGAAGAAGUGUAUUUUUGAGAUCAGAAGAGAGCACGACUUCCUUCUCCGCUCCCUCCGCGAGAAGGACGUCCUCGUCAAAUCCCUACGCCGCCUUGAGACAACCGUAACCAACAUCCGCAUGUCGACUCCCUUGUUCCACCAGCAACUCAUCGAGCACAACCGCACCCUCGAAACCGCGAAGCGGGACGAAAAGCACUAUCGAAAACAAGUUCAGUUGCUCAGGAAAAAGAUCGAUCUGACGAUUUACGAUUUCCUGAAGACGGAGAAUGCCGAGCACGCGCAGGGGGAGACGCUUGCGAGAGAGUUGGGUGUGAACCGACGAUUGGAGGAGGAGUUGGAUGAGAAGGUCAAGAAGGUUGAGGCGCUGAGGAAGACUGCGGACGAACUCAAUGUCGAGAAAGAGUUGAAGUCCAAAGAACUUAUCCGCAUCCGAAACAAAUUGAAAGUCAUCAAAGAUGACGUGGGCGUCAAGGAAAUUGCUGUGCUGGAUGGUUCCAAACGCUGCCAAGAGGCGGUCAUCAGGUUGAAAGACUUCGCUACACUCUACGACGUCGUGAAGAAUGAGCGAAACAAAUAUCUGAAUCAAAUCCAAGCAACCACACAACGAGCUGCUGAGAUGAAGGAGAAGAUCAAGAUUCUGUCGAACGAGAUCGAGAUUCUGCGCCACGAAAUCUCACAUAAAGACCGCGAGCUCACGCGAAGACGGCAAACAAACACCGCGGCUUACGCGCAAAGAGACUCUGCCAAAAACGAGGCGAACAAGUUAUUGUUACAGUAUAGGGAGCGCAGAGCCGAAAUCGAUCAAAAUCUUUCGCGGAUCGAAACGCUACAGAUGCUAAUUACAGCCGUCGAAACCGACCUAGUUGCCCUACGCCGACGGCACGAAACGCUCCUCCGGACCCGCAACACGACAGGCAUGCAGCUCCUCGACCGCAACGACGAACUCUGUAUCCUCUACGAAAAGCUCAACCUCGCGCAAGACGUUGCAACACGAGGCGAGUCUGCGCUGGCCGAUGCGCAGAGCGACAUCCGACGUCUCGAGAUUGUGAUUGCGGAUUUGAGCAGGGGCGUGGAGAUUGGGAAAAAGAAGGUUGCGAAGAAGGAGGUGAAGGAGUGGGAGGACCGGGUGGCGGAGUUGGGCACGCUUUUGAAGAGUGCGAAGGAGAGGGUGAGCGAGUUGAGUGACAAGAUGGAGACACCGGUGGAAGGCACACGGACGAGGGAUCUGGGAGGACUGGACCCGUCGCAGAAGGAUUUGGCGGAGAAGAUGCAUCGUAUUGAGGAGCAGUUGGCUGAGCGUGAGGAACGCAUCCUCGAAAAGGAUCUCAUCCUUUCCGAAGUUACAACCCUCACAGACCGCCUAAAACGACAAACGCUUGAGGGCCGCACGGACUCGAAUGAGGUCGCCAGUAAGCUCAACGAUCUCUCUAAGCGCAUCAAGCACACGACAAAGGCGAUGAUGGCGCGAGUUUCAGAAUUGGCCAUGCAUCAGGCUAUGGCGAUGGGUCUAUAUCAGGAGAAGAUCGACAAGGUGAUUUGCGAGGAUUCCAUUUCGUGCAUCUGACCGCAAUAUCUUCCACUCACACUCACUCUGAUGUGCAUAUACCCGCAGGAAAUGAUGCUGGAGGAAGCCAAGUCACGCAUAGCAGCCGGUGACCCGCCAACUGCAGAUAUAGUGCGCGAUUUCCAGCGGUCAGAACAACGGACACAGCAACGUCUGAAAGAACAACAGGCUAUCGCACAAAGACGCAUGCAGGCACAAGCGAGUGGAUGUCUGGAUGUGUAAGUUCUGUCGCACGUCGUCCACGUUCCGCAGGAG